CGAAGAAGAUGCUACUGAAGAAGAUGAUGGAGAUGAUGAUGGGGCUGCUGAUGUGGAUGUCAAACUUUUUAAGAAAUUAAAGGUCAUGGAAGAACUUGCACAUGUAAGGAAUGACAUGGACAAGCUGAGGACAAGUGUUACAGGUAUCCAAGCCACACUUGAUGAGGUGAAAGGCAUGUUAUGUAAGCUGAUGGAUGUGGUUGGGCAUGGCAAACAGCAAGCUGCCACUGAAGAGAAGGAAGUCACCAAUGAGGAGAAAGAUAAGCAUGAUUCUGUUCAUUAUACACAAUGUAGAGAGCAUGACAUUCUGGAUGAGGCCACUGAAAAGAAGGCUGAGGAAGACAAUGUAGGAAGCGAGCAUGGCACUCCGAUAGUGGUAAAUGAAGAUAAGGCUGAGGAAGACAAUGAGGGAAGUGAGCAUGGCACUCCGAUAGUGGUAAAUGAAGAUAAGGCUGAGGAAGACAAUGAGGGAAGUGAGCAUGGCACUCCGAACGUGGUAACUGCAGAUAAG